UUAGGUCAUGAUCUAGUCAUAAGCCUGAGUCAUGAGAUGUUUGUCUGGCGAAUGUGAAUAGAAAAAGGGGCACAUCGGGAAAACCCGUUUCUGAAAAAAUAUGUUCCCUUGACCUGACCUUGCUAGUAGAUCAGACUGUCAGACAAUGAAUGGAAACGUCUGAGGUAAGUGAUCUGAUCAUAAAAUAAUUCUUUUUAAAAAGCAAGCGGUUCAGAGCGGUUGUUAAUAACAAGGACGACAGGACUGAUGACCUCAUCGUGACCUCACAAUGUACAAAGGUAACAGCAGGUUAUUUUUAGCGUGCUUUUUUUUAAUCUGUUUUCGUUAUCGGCGUCGUAUACAAUAUUGGACUGUUUGGAUAUCUGCUGUAUACAGUAGAGAACACCGCGACACAGAGCUUUGACAGCUGCAGUGUCGCUUGUAGCCAACCAACCUUUUUUCUUAAGAAAAAUCCAAGCAUUGAACGACUGGUGGUUUCUUCAACAUAUGAGUUGCCGCUGUCAUCAAUUGUCAUCUGCAACGAUGAAGACAAUUCUGAUAAUGGUUUUUCUGCACAUUGCUGCUGCUUUACCGCAAGAAGGAAGCAUCACAUGCUCAGUACCUCCAGUGGAGAUAGACCAGGAUGCGGUUCUAAACUGCAGUUUCCCAGAAGACCUGAACACGACAAAGAGAGACUUUGCAGUCUACCACUACCCAGAUGAUAAGGGAGAUGCUGUAGUGGACUGUUGGUGGCUGAAGGGGGCAAUGACCUGUUCUGCAAGACCUGAGAUCAGAUAUGAAAUGACCGUUGGCCAUACUUUCACCAUUACACUUCAGAACAUUUCUUCAUCUCAGACUGGCAGAUACGCUUGUCAGAUUGCUAACUACAACCAAAACCUCAUUCAGUCAUGUGAACUCACGAUCCUGUCUGGGUUGGGGAACACAUGCAGUGUGACUGAGGAGAGAUCUGAACCAAGCGCUACCCUCACCUGCUACUUUAAAGAGGACAUUUCAAAGACACAAGUGAACUUUACUGUUUACAGGCACAGUGGUGCUCACAAACAAAACGUAGCUGGAUGUUGGUGGGAGAAGGGACAACGACAGUGUCAGGUUGCUAAUGGUUACCAACUCACUUCUAACCAGUCUCAGGUUAUUAAAAUCAUGAUACUUGAAGUAACAAAGGAAACAGCGGGAAACUACUCCUGUUGGCACCCAGCCUCUCCCUCUGUCCAGACGGAGACUUGUAUCAUUCACGUGCGCGAAAAAGUUGGGCCACAAGAUCUUGAUGUUUUGAUGAUUGGACUUAUAGUAGGUUUGGUGGUUACUGCUAUUUUGAUUCUUGUGGCCAUCGUCAUACUACUAAUAUAUAGAAGGCGGCGGGAACUCAAGACAAAAGAUAAAGCUGAAAAUGAGGAAAGUCAACUAAUGGUUGAACAAGACAAGAAAGUGAAUGAAGAAUUUCUGGUGAAGAGUGUCAGAGAAAUGUUCCCGAACAUGCUUGAUGAUGCCUGCUAUUUCGUGCCGCCAAUUUACUUCAACAAAGUUCGAUACAAAACUCAGACUGUGGCUGAUCAGGUUGUCUACAUCCCUGAACCUUCUGAUCCAACAGACGCUGAGCAUGACAAAGCCAUGAGGCAGUUCCUGAACUGCUUCUAUUACAUCCCGAAGACUAAAAAGGAACAAAUGUUUGUCCUCACACAGUUUAAUUAUGAGGACUACUUAAACAAUCCUGGUGAUGACUUUUCCGAACAUUGUUUGCCUGUUCCUGAACAAAAAGAAGACAAAAACAUCGGAUGUUUUGAUAUUCUUAUUAUUCAUCGAUAUUAUGGUUUGAUGGUCGGGGUACUCAAGACUGUCAGUGAGUAUGAUAGCAAGACAAACGGUGAUGAACUGCAAAUAGAUCGCCUGAUAGCCAAUGAUGUGUCCGCAGCUAUCCCACAACUAAAUAAGGCGAGUGGCAUACUACAUCAUCUCAUGAAAGAUCUUAACGGGACGCCACCCGUUCGAAGGUUCUUGAUUCUACCUAACAUCACACUGUCAACACUGAAACGGGCCUUACACAGUCACAAUGAAGUGUUUCAGAAUUUGCGCAAGUGUUUCGCUACUGAGGACAGCCCUGUCAGACAGUGUCUAUGUGCUGACCACCUGUCUGACCCAAAGACACCGACGAACGUGGACGACCGGUGUGUAUCUAAACUCACGGACUGGUGGGACACCUUGAAUCACACAACUGCAGAUAUUUCUGCUAUGACUGAUGCUAUAUAUGAAAGCUUGAUAGCGAGAUUUUGUGGACCUGCAACUACAUCUUGUCUGGACAAGCCCAGAAGACCUGAGUCCUUUAUUUUGCCGAAGAGUCUGGACGAAGCCGUGUCUUUAACUGGCGACUUGUUUGAACGACUCACACUGUACCCGGAUAUGACAGAUCUCCUCACCAAACCUCGUGUUUUCCUUGCUGGACCUCCAGGUACCGAGAAAACCAGAAUACUGGCUCUAGUCGGGAGGAUGUGGCUAAACGAGGGCCACGUUGUACACAUUAUUAACACAUCAACUGAACAGUCUGCUGCUAGUGUUCACUUGAAAAGACUGCUGCAGGAAAAAACCGCAGCCCAAGGGUCAGCCAGUUCAUCUGAGAAUAAGGUGAUCAUCUUGAACUGUAACAUACAAGACGAAGGGAAUAUUUCUAAUAUGAGAAAUAUAAUGAGAAAAAAUUCAGACAAGAAGUAUGUCUGGGCUCUUGCUGAUGAUCUGGACCCCGAUGAAACCAAGUUAAUGCAGAUUAGGCAGUUUUUCCGAAAACUUCAUCGGGAGUUCCAGGACCUUCACUUGUGGGCAGCUAGCUACAGUAUGGACUUCACUCCUAUGGGAAGAGAUGUGCAUAUUUUCAGAGCGCCCCUUAGCUGUCCUCCCACUGUGCUAAGAAAGGUCCUGCAAGAAGAAGACACUUUUGGUGAAAUGCAAUAUUCCGAGAGUCAAUACCUGUCUCUUACUGAUGGUGUACCUGUGAAAGAUUUUGCUCAUAAGCGAGUUGAAAUGAAAGGGAAGCACAUCUGUGAUUCUUGCGGAGAGGAAAUAGUCAAGUUCUUAAAAGAAAGCCUUCGUAUUUCAGGAGUCGUUACACCAGGGGGACAACCUUCACGUCUUCAGUCCAGAGACCUGUUAGUGUUGUUUGAAGAUGAAGUCACGGAGUCCACUCCUCUAGUCAGGACCUUGGUACAGUCAGGAAUUCCAGUGGAGGUCGUCAGCAAUGAAAACCUUGAGGACACGUUAAAGAAUGAAAACAAUGUUGCAUUGGCAGCAAAGGCAGGUUUCUUGUGUGGAAUCAAAAGGAAAGUGGUUGUGUAUGUCGAGGGAGAAGAAAGGAGACUAGAUACUUGUGUGAGGUGGAACAGACUGCGGGGUAUCACUAGUUGUACAUCACAGUUGAUCAUCUUGAGUAGCAAAACUCCUCACAGGGUCGGUCCUGUCGUUUGAGCAGCUCACCUGCAAUGUACAUAGGUUUCUCGCUCGUGCUUCACACUUGAAGGUGCAUGAUGCACAUUUCUGCCAAUUUCUUUAGAUCGUCAUUGUAUAAACGAGAAAAUUCGGGGAAAUAUUUUGUAUAGUUGUACAUUAAAAUUUUUAGUAGUUGGCAAAAGAACUAUGUCAUCUACACGCAAAAAUUAGUUUAAAUUAGAAGAUGAAGAAAUGUACACUGUACGGUUAUACUGAUUACCGUUUCUUUUACUUCUGCUACUUUUUAUUUACUCACUGCAUGACAAGAUUUCUAGUCAUGUAAAUACAAUUCACAGACGUUAAUCAUUUUAGUUUACAUUAUUUUGUAUAUCCUUUCUGAAAUUUCAUCCGCUAAUGAAAUUAAAUAUAUUCCUAGAUGCAUGAACACACAGAUUGUCUCCCUUGACUUAUUGGAGUGAAUUUCUUUGUCUCAUUUGUUUUGGAAGGUGCACUGAAUGUUUCAGGAGACACAGGAAAAGCUUAGCGCAAUUCAAAUGAACUUUAGUAAAAAGUGACUGAACUAGUUGAUGAUGACAUGGAGACUGGCAUCACAGGUCUUUCUGUUUACACAGCUUGGGAUUUGAAAAUAUAAUAUUAAAUGCUGUUUUUUUUGUGUUUAGGUUACUUUUACUUUUAUCAUUGCUAAUAAGUACUUGCCAGUUUUAUAUUUUCGGGGACAAUUAGCUUGAUUGAAACUAUGGUUCAUUUCACAACUUUUGUUACUAUUAGUAUUUUGUUUUUUUUAAUGACACUCUACAAAACAUAAGCUCACGAUGAUUUAAAGCUACUUAUUGUUUAAUUUUUUAACCAAAUUAAUUGAAUCAAAUAUUUAUGUUAUAGCUUUAAAAGCAGAAGCUGUACCUACCUUUAUGAGCAAAAAAAUGUAAUCCGGUCACAUUUAAUUGUACCUAUAUUUACGGCUAUUUACACAAUGAUCCCUUCUUUUCUUUGUCUCUAUGUGAUCAAAAUUGAUACUUAAUAUUGUAUUAAAAUUUUUGCAACGCAGUC